CCUCCGUCCUGGCUAAGUCACCUACCUACCCUUUCAAUCAAUCGCCUACACCCAGCGACAACUUUCAUAGCACUACCCAACCCGAAUCACCCAGCAUGACGAUUCUCGACGAUAAUCAAGUGCCUGCAGCGCCCUCCGAGGCCCCUUCGACGACGGCAGCGGCGGCGGCGGUCCCUUCGACGCAGCCGCAGCAGCAACAACAACAACCGCCGCCGCGUGAACUCCGUAAUGAUCCCGCCCGUACAGGUUUCGACCCGCAGACCAAGUGGUGGAUGAAUUACUUCAAUGUACUCACCGGCCGCAUGACCCCCGAGGGCCAGUUUCACUACCGCGAGGCCCGCUACCGCGCCAACGAGGAGCGCGACUGCAAGCGCUGCGAGGAGCACCGCGACUGGCUGCUCGCCUUCUCCCCGACCGUGCGCUUCCUCAACGACAAGAUCACCGCCCUCAACGGCAACCUCGACUCGUCCAACAUUCUCUGCAGGCGCUGCCCCGCCCGCCUGACCGAGGACGGCGAGGUGCACCGCCAGUCCGGCGGCUUCAGCCCUGCCCACGGCAUCCUAAUCUGCGCCAACGAGGUGAGGGACCGCAAGCACCUCGAGGACACGCUGUCACACGAGAUGGUACACGCCUGGGACCAUUUGCGGUGGAACGUCGACUGGAUGGGCGACUUGGACCUGAAGCAUGCGGCGUGUACAGAGAUCCGCGCAUCGACGCUCAGCGGCGAGUGCAGGUGGACGAGGGAGGCCUUCACGAGAGGCAACUGGAGCUUGUCGCAGCAGUUCCAGGACUGCGUGCGGAAGCGCGCCAUACAGUCCGUGCUCAACCGGCCAAGGUGCAAGGACGAUGUGCAGGCGACCAAGGUGGUGAACCAGGUCUGGGAAUCGUGCUUCAGCGACACGCGGCCCUUUGACGAGGUUUAUAGAUGAUGAGACGGCGAAAGGAAAGAAGACACGAUAAUGAUGGUGGUGACGGAUGGGCUCGGGAGACGAGCAUAUGCGUGUGUGUGUGUGUGUGUGUGUAUGUGUGCGUGUACAAUACCCCCCAAAACAGCUGGAUGCACUACUGUAUUUAUUCUCAUGGAAGCAAAACACCCAAAAUAACAGCAAAACUUGACGAU